AUGCCCUCGGCAGCAGCAGAGCCCGAGAGGCCGGAGCCAAGAAAGGAGCAGAGGAACAGAGCCCCGCGUGUGGGCGCGCCGGCUGACGGAGGGAUGAGGCGGCGCGGGGCGCGACAGCGGACGGAGGGAUGCAGCCGUCUUCCUCGCGCCGGGGGGAGCUGCGGUUCGGGGAUCUCUGGGAAAUCAGCGAGCGCGCCACCUGAAGAUCUCCAUGGCUAGCGCCGCGGAGCUCGGGUACACUGCCCCCUGUGAAUUCGAGUUCGAGUUCAUUUCCAGUUCAGCCGGCGACUGGCGACAGCUGGUAAUCCGAUUCCGGCAAGAACCAGGAGCUCUCCGAUGAAUAAAAGCGCUUGCGGUGGGGGCAGCGGCUCCAACUCGAUUCGCUCGCCUCCCUCCCCGAUCCCCAGAUCCAAUCCAGGACACGCCAUCGAUGGCGGCGAAGGUGCUCCAGCUCCGUAGCUCCGACGGCAAGGUGCUCGUCGCUCCGGCGUGGGACUAUCGCCCGGCCGCCGCCCAAGCCCUCCCGCUAGAGACGCGGGUGUCCUCGCGCGCCCUCGAGAGGGUGCUCCAGUACUGGACCAAGCACAGCCUUGCCAAGGCCACCGGUGAGUCCCGGGAGUCCCUGGCCCGCUGGGACGCCGACUUCCAGCGCCGCCUCGAGGAAGACGGCCUCGCCAAGGAGGCCGCCGCAGCCGCCCAAGAACUCCGCCGCUACGGCGUCGACCAUGGAGGGCGUCCCCAUCACCACGCCGCCACGGCCGCAUCUGAUGUCGCUGCUCCUGCCAAGGCGGCCCGUGUUGAUCCCGUCCGUGUCUGGUGUGUCAACCACGGAGAACGCAGCCAUGCGCCGGCGAUGCCCGGCUCCUUCGAUGCCUCUGAUACUGCCACCACCUUGCCGGCCGCUGCUGGUGCUGACCCCGGGGACGUCCGGUGCGCGAUCCGUGCCCGUGGGCGCCAGAUGGCUGAAGACGAGGAGUCCGCUUGCCACCACCGCAAGCGCCCGGCUUCCAAGGCUCCACUCUGCCUGCCUGCCACUGCUGCUGCGCCUGUGAAGAAGGUCUCUCGUCAGGUCGCUUCCAAGGCUUGCUCUAUCGUCGGCUCUACACCACUGCCUGCCACUGCUGCUGCGCCCAGUGUGCAACCGAAGCCGCAGAUCAGCAUGCGCGAACUGAUCGUGAACGCUCGCCUCACCAUGGCUCGCCUCGACAAGGCUCGCUCUGCCUCCGAAGAAGAGGCCAGCCGUCGGCGCGACAUCGAGCGCAGCCGAGCGGAGGCCCGGCGAAAGGUGGAGCAGAUGGCGAACACCGUGCAGUUCAACGACCCGUGGAUCCAUUACUCCGACGUGACCAAGUCCCCUGAGGAGCUGCUCCAAGCACGACAGCAAGCAUGGCGUUAUCAAGCUCACCUCCUCGAGAUGGCUCGUCGACGGGACUUUGCUGAAGCGAUGCAAAUCCACAGCACCAAGGAAGCAACCAAUUCCUUGGCUGCGUCCAGUGGUAUUACGCCUUCCCUGGUCUUUUAGUUGCUUCCUAAACCAUGCACACAUAAGUUUCAUUUAAUCUUUGCAUCUCUAGGUUCUGCACUUGCUUACCAAGAUUUCUAGUGUUCUUUGAAUCCCGUUCAGUCAUUAGUAAUUUUACUAGAGUGUCAGCAGAGUCUCCAUCUAGCUAGGCAGCAAAAAUCUUGUUAAGAUGUGUACGGCAUAGUUACACUACAUCCACACCUGGUCCUAAGUUAAGGGUUUAAGUAAAUAAAGGGCAUUUUCAAUAAAUCAAAGUAAAGCAGAUGAGCCUAAAAAGGAAACUCAUGUACUGCAAUUCCGGCACGAGACAGAGCGUAAGACGCACUCGCCGCAAAAUCCAAAACGCCCGUUUGCUACCCGGCUUGUAGCAGGAAAAAGGAGUAGAAUUGAACUUGUCGAUACACACAUAAUCAUGUGAGCUGCCUAGCGUCUGGAGACUAUGCUGACUCUCCUGUAAAAUUAAUCUUGGCUGAACUGGAUUCUUAGGCAUUGGGCGUCUUGGUGAGUUAAAGUUGCAGUUUCCGACUGAGUAACAUUGGUUAGUGAACUCUUGUGUGUAUGUGUGGGUGAAGCUUUGAGCUAAGCAAGUCCUCAAUGUAUCGACUAUCAAGUCGCACUGUAAUCGAUUUCAGAUAUGAAUAAAAUGUUGUUGGCCUGAA